AUGGAUUUCAAAUCUUUUAUUUUUCUUAUACUACUGUCUGGCGUGGUUCUCAUAUCUGUAGUUGUGGCUGAUGAACCAGAUCCUGAUCCACCAAGUGGGAGGAAGAUGAUUUUGGUUCCACUUCAUGAUGAAAACUGCAAGGAAAACAUAGGCGCAGAAUAUGGUGAUAACAUAUUUGGUGAAAUUGGCGACGGUGGCGUUCAAGGAAGAGAUAAUAUAGAUGGUAUAGGGAAAGGUGGACGUGUUAAUGAUGGAAUAGAUCAUGGUGGUGGAAAAAGUGGUAGCGGAGGAGAUUAUGGAGAUGGAACUGGAGUAGGAGAUGGAGAAAGUGUUGGAAGCAGAGAUUACAGUAAUGGAAGAAGUGGAGAAAACGUCAAUACAAGUGGCGGAGGUGGUGGAAGCGAAGGAGGAGGCGGAGGAUAUUAG